AUGCCUGUCAGGGUCAAGCAAAGAGUCAUAUUUACUGAGAGGUCUGCUCUUGACAAAGAAUGGUCGAAAUUGAUCCGAGCUAUCAUAGGCUUGCUCCUUGCCUGGCCAUAUGGUGUAUCUGUUUCGCUCAAGAACGCAGGAACCCAGCGCGAAAUGCGAUUUCGACCAGCUGACAAAUCAGACAUCAUGUCUAAGACCUCUCGACUUCUCACACAAGCUGGCCUUGCCGAUUCAGACGAUGCAGACACCUGGGUGCCCGUAUCAGCAUCAUGCGGGCCGAUUUCCGUCAAAGGCGCUAUCUCUACGAAUCCAGUUGCGACACGGCGCUCUCAAUUUAUCAGCCUUGGGAUUCAGCCAGUCAGUAAUGAGUUUGGCACCGAUGUUCUUUAUGAAGAAGUCAACAGGACCUUUGGAAACUCUAGCUUCGGUGUGAUUGACGGUGAUGAAGACCAUAACGGUAACUCGCCGAAGCUGGAAGAGUUUACAGGGAGAGAUUUGAAGAGUAGGAAAGGCAUCGAGAGAUGGCCCAUGUUCUAUCUCAAAAUCAGCACUACGGGGUUGGAGGGCCUCGACAGCCCAGGUCGGCUUGACAGUCAAGGCCAGACAUUGUCUGCAAUCAUUGAUCUUUUGAAGGCAACAUGUUACGGAUUUCUCAAAAAGCAUCAUUUUCGUCCACAAAAGGUUCGACUAGCCCCUGAAGAAUCUUUAUUCUCGACGGCAAGAACGUUGGGUCGGUCGAAAAAGCCUAAGAAGCAACCAGCCUCAUCAUCGAAUAGCUCUCGAGCUAGUUCCGUUGCUCCUGUCUCCAGAUCUGGUUCACUUGGGCCACGAGCAGACAGUCCCUUUGAGGGUUGGCACCGGGUCAAAGUUGGGAGAGCUACGCCACUCAGCGCCACCUCAAAGGCGACAGAUGUUCGUACAAAGAUGCGACAAGAGUCACGUCUCGUUGGAGAAGGCGGGAAAUUGCUGCGCAAACCGUUUGAUGAGCCAUCCCCUGAACCAGAAGACGAGAAAGCAGGCUCGUCUGCAAACAGUGGUGUGAUCUCUGGCACAUGUACUACUGACGACACAACAGGUGGUGGUGACACAAGCAGCAGUGUUACCUGUCAAGGUGCACAGAAGCGAGACAAACAUCCUAGCAAAUGGCUCCAGGGUGUCAUCAGCUCAUGGGAGAAUCCUAUUUUUCACCCUGUAGAACCAUCGGUGCCGUGUAUCGACGGCCCAGCACAAGACCAGCUACAUGCGUGUGGACAUGGAAGCGUUCAUGUUGGUUUCGAAACAGGCUCCAUGAGCCUCAGUGGACGAAUCUCACGUCACGCGCUUGCUCGCGCUACCGUGAUAGAACAGGUCGACCGCAAAUUCAUACUGGUGAAACUUCCCCUUGAGCGUGCAGUAUCUGGGACCUUGGCGCACGAGAAGCAGAGUUCUGCCUUGGUCAUGCUCGACCAGCACGCGGCUGACGAGCGAUGUCAACUUGAGGACCUCAUGGCGAGCUAUUUCGCCCACGACCCCUUGACAAACCAAACUUCACCCGUAAUAGAACCUCUCAACCGACCCGUAAUCUUCGAAGUCUCAAAAGAAGAAUGGCGCUUUCUUGAACAAUACCGCGAUUACUUUGCUGCUUGGGGCAUCACAUACCAAACACCCAUCUCCUCACAAAACAAAAUCAUAGUUACGGGUCUCCCUCCAAGCAUAAUCGAGCGGUGCAGAUUAGAGCCCCGACUACUCAUCGAACUUUUGCGAACAGAAGUUUGGCGAAACGUGGAUAGUAGUGUUCCACUUGUGCGACCAUCAACCACAACUCCUGACAAGCCGUGCCAUCAUGUUCAACGAUGUUUUGUCGGUAAAUCAAUGUGA